AUGGCAACACGGAAGAAUCAAAGCGGGAAAGAGCCGAUCUCAUCAUGGGUUUAUUGUGAUGAUGAUGACGAUAGUGAUACUAGUGAUACUGAAGAUACUAGUAAGCGUAAGGUUCGUGCGCGUUAUCUGACCAUGAGUCGUCGGAAGAAAAAAGAGGAAAAAGAGUUAAAGAAGCGAAUGAAAAUGACUCAGGUCAAUAUGGAUGGUGUACCGUUUCAGACCCGGUCUAGUCAACCGAUUUAUGUACCCAAGUAUUCUCAAGACGACCUGGAAGAGGAGGAUGAGGAUGAGGAGGAUGAGGAGAAUGAGUUUGAUGAGGAUGAUGUGCAGGACAGUGUUAGGAUGGGUGCGCAUCACAGAGAUACGCCUAUGUACAAUCUUAGUAGUUACCCUCCUCUCCGGUACUCCAGUUGUCCACGGCCUGAUCCUGGCGGUUUACCCUCUCCCCCUACCCCUAUCCCUUCUCCUAUGAGUGGUGAAUGGCGCAGUCCACAUUAUAGUCCCUCUUUCCCGCGUCCCGGUCAAUUCUCACAGGGUAUAUCCACCGGUAGUCGGCCUCGUCCCUCCCACCCCACUCAGGCAUCUCCCCCCCUCCCCACAUUGAUCCCAUGCCCCCUCGCGGAGGCCCCGUCUCCGCUGGAGUAUCUACACGUCCUCUCCCUCUCAUUGAUCACGUGUGCCCUAGCCGAGGUCCCCGAUCCACUGGAGUAUCUACACGUCCAGUUACUACUACUGCAUCAUCAGUGGAUGAAUGAAUUGAGGAAAAUCACAAUGGACCUGAUUAAAAAGGUCAAAGUGUUCGAUCGCGAGUUAGCUGACGAAUAUGAUGAGAAGCUGCAGGAUACGAUGAUCUCUUAUUACAAAAACAAGGCCCCAUAA